GUCACGUGACCCAAUGUUUUGCUCCUUACCGGGUGUUGUAGAAGAGACAUCCUUCUCAGCUGAAACUUGUGAAAUACCACAUUUUUACAAGCAAUUUACUACCUAGGAACGGUGACAUGUUUUAUUCGCUACUUUUGACUCGCUAAUUAAUUUUGCAUUUAAAAACCACAACGUUAUAUCCACUGAAUACGCUUCAGUUAGCAAGUUAGCAUCGGCAUUAACAGUGUCGGCUAUGGCGGCAGUUGACAGCUUUCCGCUUCUGUACAGAGAAAUUUCUCGGUUGUGUAGCUCUUACUUUGAGGCUCUGGCCUUGGUCGGGGCUCUGUACACGGCCCACAGGACAGCAGUCCUGCUGAAGAACUGCUGUACGUUGGUCAGGGUGCAUUUUCUCCCGAGAAUCAUCCCAUGUAAGAAGCUGAGCCAAAGAUAUGGUGACUGGGCUGUCAUUUAUGGUGCAACAGAGCCAGUAGCCAAAGCAUAUGCAGAGGAGCUGGCCAGACGUGGGAUCAGCAUCAUCUUUGUCACUCAGAGCCAAACCUCUGUUACAGACACUGCUGCAUCUCUCUCCCAAAGCUACGGAGUGGAAACUGUUGUUGUCUUAGCUGACUUCUCACUGGACCAAGCAGCCAGCAAGCCCAUCAAAGAGGCCAUGAGGGGCAAAGAUAUCGGCUUCCUGGUGAACUGUGUGGAUGAGUCUUUGGCUUCACCCCAGAGCCUGAUUGAAAUGCCUGAGCAGGGCCUGCUGGAUUUGGUGAAUAGGAACAUUGCAGUUGCUACUCUGAUGACCCGUUUGGUCCUGCCGGGGAUGGUGAAGCGCAGUAGAGGUGCUGUGGUCAAUAUAUCAUCGGGUGCCUGCUGCAGACCCCUGCCUGGAAGAGUGACACUCACCGCCUGCACUGGAUACCUGGAUCAUUUCUCAAGAGCUCUGCAUCUCGAGUACAGCGGCAAAGGAAUCUUCAUUCAGAGCCUGAUCCCUUUCCAGAUAGCCUCAAACAGGCGACAACCGUCAUCAUCCUCAUCACUAGCAUCGAGCGAAGGCUGGUUUGUACCAAAGCCAGAGGUUUAUGCUCACCACGCCAUCUCCACUCUGGGCGUCUCUAAUAGGACCACCGGCUACUGGCCUCAUACCCUGCAGUAUGGACUCAUGCGCUGUAUCCCAGAGUGGAUUUGGGUUCUAGGAGCAAGUGUUUUCAUCAGUUCAAGCUAAAAACUUAACCCAGUUGAUGGAUCUUGUUGUUACAGGAGUCAUGUUGAUUUCUGGCUUUUCUUCUGCCAAUUAGUUCAAAUUUGUUCAGCUCUCAUGCUCUAUUGUGGUUGGUAGUUAAGAGAUUCCUACUGUUAGUUUGGUAUCAAUUUCUAGUGAGCCUUGAACCUACCAAGAAGUUUCCUUGAAGCAGCAAAUGAAUGCAAAGACAACUUGGUAAUAUAUAGCUUGAUGGCAGCUAGACUUGAGGUUGAGUUAGUAUUAUAAACAUGUUGAUUACUAUUGAAGCAGAAUUAUUUGUUAUCAUUUUGGUGUCUAAACACUGUAUACCACAAGCUCUUAAAUAGAGUUAACACUGUGAUAGUAACUCCUUUCAAUUUUGUGGGCGGCCAACAUGAACCAUGAGAUCCUGGUCCAUUUGCAAUAAAACUGAAUGUAUAACUAUUAUAUUUUUUUAUCUGCUAAAAAGAAGUUUCACAUCCAAACUUUUAUGGGGCAAAACAGUGUAGAAGUACAGGUGAGAUCAAAAGGCUCACCUUCAAUGUGACAUCAAAAAGACAGAAGCAAGCAGUAACACAGCAGUCUGAGGCCAUAAAGAUAAACUAAAUCAAAUCAGAUGAGAAAAAAAGCAACAAACUCUUCAGUCUGACCAUAGGAAUUAUGUUUUGACACACAGUGGGUUCUUUUUAUCUGCUGUUAACCUGCAAAAAAUCCACCAAUUAAAAGUACAGACUGAUCAUAUACAAAAGAGCAGUAUUAUGCAACAGUAAGAGAAAUGUAAUGCUUACAAACACAACAUUCUCCAAAUAAGAGACAUGACAUGAAGAUAAAAAAAGACACCUUUUAAACACAUACUCUGAAAGAGCAACGACAGAACUGAUUGUAUUCUUGCACUGCGGCUUUGUCUUUAUCUGAUUUGGUUUGCUGGUUUAAUCAAAUAUGAGGCUUUGAUGGUGCCAGUGAGAUAUUGUACAUUCUAAAACGAAGAGUGUUUACCGGCGAAUAAAUGCGUGAAGGUGAAUGAAGAGUGAAAGCUUUAGGUGAAUGUGGGGUCAUGGAUCAGUAUGAGAUUCAAGCGUCUCCUUGAGUGAGACCUUCAGUAUAUGUAUAUUUUGCUCUAAACUAAUAGUUGUGUGUAAAAUUUGAACAGUUUGAGGUAUAUUGUGUUAGAUGAUUACUCAGAUACACAGUACAAUAUAUAGAAAGAUUACAUGUACUGUUUGUGUUAUCAUAUCACACAAUUAAACCAAUAAAACUCGUCUACCAUU